CAACUCUUCACUUCAUCACACUAGAAAAAUGCUUGCUUUCCCGUCGUCUUUCCCCAUUAACUGCGUCAUUAAACGACUGCGCAAGAAACCCAACCAGGGGGUGGAAACGGAAGAAGAAAACUCAGCACCUGACCUGACGGUGGGGUGGUGUGGUGUGGUGGGCGAGAGCGGGGCGGAGGCAACCCACCCAGCAGGCGAGCCGCGAGCGAGGCGACGCCAGUAGAGCUAGAGCCAGCCAGUACACUCCACACCACCACCACCACCACCGCGGCGAGGCAGAGCGCUGGAGAGCAGAGAGAGGGGGGCGAGAGAUCCCGAGGACCCUGAGAUUCUCGAUGGGCAGGGCGCGCCGGUUUCAGCUGCUGGCCGCCGCCGCCGCUGUCUUCCUCCUCCUCCACGCGCCGCUGCUGGUGUCGUGCGCCGACCUCGACGCGCUCAUCUACAAGGGCUGCGCCAACCAGAGCUUCCCGGGCGGCGCGCUGCCCCCGACCGUGGCCGCCCUCUCCAGCGCUCUCUCCGCGCAGGCCGGCUCCGCCAAGUUCUACAAGACCUCCUCCCCCUCCUCGGCGGGCUCCUCCACCUCCGUCUUCGGCCUCUUCCAGUGCCGCGGGGACCUCUCCGGCUCCGACUGCGCCUCCUGCGUCUCCCGCGCCAUGUCCUCCUGGCGCGACGUCUGCGGCGCCUCCGUCGCGGCGCGGGUCCAACUCGCCGGCUGCCUCGCGCUCUACGAGGUCUCCGGCUUCCCCCAGGUCUCAGGCGUCCAGAUGCUCUUCAAGACCUGCGGCACGGGCAGCGGCGGCGGGGGCGACUUCGAGGUGCGCCGGGACACCGCCUUCGCAGCACUCGAGGGCGGCGUCGCCACCAGCUCCGGCGGCUUCGUCGCCACCAGCUACCAGGCCGUCUACGCCAUGGCGCAGUGCGAGGGCGACCUCUCCACGGGGGACUGCGGCCAGUGCGUCACCCAGGCCGUGCAGCACGUCGAGGUCGAGUGCGGCGGCGCCCCCUCCGGCCAGGUCUACCUCGACAAGUGCUACAUUAGCUACAGCUACUACCCCCACGGCGUGCCCCAUGGCGGAGGCAUGGGAGGGCAGCAGACAGCCAAGACUGUAGCCAUUGUGCUCGGGGGAGCCGUAGGCGUAGGUUUCCUGGUGAUCUGCUUGCUUUUCGCCCGGAGCCUGGUCAAGAAGAAGGAAGAUUACUGAUGCGAAAGCAUGGUGGGAGCGUCUGGACAAAGGCAUUGGGGCAUGGUGUGGCAUUUUGAUGGUAGGGGGUGUAUGUUUGUUUCUUCAAGGUGGUGGAGUGGAAUACAGAGGGGAUUGUUUUUUGGCUCUUCUUCCUCUGGCCAUGUGAGGGUGGCAUCCCCCAUGAUGAGAGAGAGGAAAAGAGGUGGCGACCUGUUCAGGAAAGAAACUGUCCAGUUCUGGGUGCUAUUUUGAUUCUCGGUUGGAAUUGGUAGAUGGUCUGUGAGCUUGUCACCUUAGCCUCUCCUGCUUAGGGUUCUAGGAGUACAUUAAUUCUCUUGUAAUUUUUUCCCCAAAGGAAAAUACUUUUAGGUCUAGUCAGCACGUAUUUAGUUUCUCAUUCAAGGUUUGCAGGAGCAGGUUGGGUGUCAUUUGGUUGGAUUUAAUGUGGAAAAGUAACUUUCCAUAUGCUCUAGAACCAGAUCUUUAACUCUAGGGUUUGGUGGUAGCUGGUGGUACCAUUGGUUAAUUGGUGUCUAGCUUUUGCUGAUGGACAUUGCUGACCUGAUAACCGCAGCUGUGCUGUGCUGUGCAGCUGUUCUCCUUUUGACUUGUUAAGCUCUUCGCCGUACAUUUCUGAA